UAUUAUUUUGCGACUGCAGUUAAGCUAUAUCCGGUUUCCGCAUGUGUGGCGGCGGAUUUUACGGUCGUUCCGAGGCCGUGGCCGCGCUGUUUCUGUGGGGGCUGGCGGAGAGGGUGAACGGGCUGACUGACUGGCACAUUCGUUUCUCUUGUUGCACAGACGAAUGCUUCCUACUGGACACAGAACAGCAUCGAAUGAUUGGGACAUUCCCUGAAUUGAAAGUGGAUUAAAUCCUUCAGGCCACGUGAAAUGGAUUUCUCAAAGUUCUUGGAUGACAACUUCGAUGUGAAGGACUGGGUGAAUGGGGCUUUCAAAACAGUUCAAAAGGAAGCCCCGGGGAAGGUUGACAGUCACGCAGCCACCCUGGUGAUGAAGCUGCAGUUGUUCAUUCAGGAGGUGAACAAUGCAAUCGAAGAGACUAGUCAUCAGGCUUUGCAGAACAUGCCCAGAGCUCUCCGCGACAUGGAAGCUCUGAAACAGGAAGCUUCCUUCUUGAAGGAACAAAUGAUACUUGUUAAGGAAGAUAUUCGGAAAUUUGAACAGGAGACGACACAAUCUAUGCAGGUUUUGAUCGAGAUCGAUGAAGUGAAGUCAAGAAUGCAGAUGGCGUCAGAGGCACUGCAGGAGGCUGACAAGUGGAGUACACUUAGUGCCGACAUUGAAGAAACACUGAAGUCGCAGGACAUUGAAGCCAUUUCGGCCAAGUUGACCAGUAUGCAGAACAGUCUUGCGAUGCUGGUGGACACGCCUGAUUACUCUGAGAAAUGCGUUCACCUGGAGGCAUUAAAGAAUCGGCUCGAGGCUAUGGCUAGUCCACAGAUUGUGGCAGCAUUCAACUCUCAGUCUGUUGAUCAGGCCCGCCUUUUUGUGAAAGUGUUUGUGGCUGUGGAUAGAAUGCCUCAACUCCUGACCUACUACUACAAGUGUCACAAGGGCCAGUUGGUCUCGGUGUGGCAGGAACUUUGCCAAAGUGACCUCAGUCUGGAUCACCAGCUCAGAGAGUUCUACGACACCCUCCUGGUGACUUGGCACUCCCAGAUACAAUGGACCUGUCAGGUCUUCAGGAAUCCUUAUGAGAUUGUUACGGUGCUACAGAUCCAAACGCUUGGGGCCAUCGUUCCAUCAAUCCCUGUCUGCCUCAGCACUGCAAUUGAGAAGGCAAGCCAGGAGGAUAAGUUGAGUGUGCUGCUGGAUCUCUACGACAGCACCGCUCACUUUGCCAAGAGCCUGGAGGCAGCAAUGCUACCACACCUGGGUGAGACCAACCUGGUGAAAGUUACGGAGCUAGUUGCAGCAAUCCAUAGUCCUUACGUGCCAUAUCAGCUGCAGUAUGGUGACCUCGAAGGUUCAAACCUGCUCAUCCAGAUCAGUGCGAUCCCUCUGGAGCGUGUAGAACUGAUUGACUGUGUGCAGGAGCUCAGUCAGUCUGUGAAUAAACUCUUCAGCCUGGCUGGAGGUGCAGUGGAUAGAUGCGUGAAAUUGACUGAUGGGCUUGCAUUUUGCGGCUUGCUAAAAGCACUCAAGGGUCUCUUCUCGAAGUAUGUGUCUGACUUUGCCAGCACUCUGCAGUCCAUCCGCAAAAAAUGCAAACUGGAGGAAAUUUCCAAUGACUCCUUGUUCCAGGAAGACUGGACUGCUUUCCAAAACUCUAUCAGAAUUAUAGCGACCUGUGGUGAACUAUUGCGACAGUUUGGAGAUUUUGAACAGCAGCUCUCCAACAGAAUACUGUCCACUGCAGGGAAAUAUUUAUCAGAAUCGUACAGUCCAUGUAGUUUGACCGGUAUACAAGAAACCAGCUGUUCUGACAAAAGAUCCUCCACUAAGAAUCCUUGGCAAGAAUACAAUUACUUACUGAAGGGAAAUCCAAGUGAAUAUGCUAGUCUAAUGGAAAUGCUUUACACCUUGAAGGAAAAAGGAACAGGGAACUACAACCUGCUGUCAGAGCCUCGAGCGACUCUGGGCCGUCUCAACCAGCAAGCACAUCAGCUCGCUUUUGACUCUGUGUUCCUCCGCAUCAAGCAGCAGCUUGCACAGGUGCCUAGGAUGGAGACCUGGAAUGCAGGGACAACAGGAGAGACACUGACUGAGGAUCUUCCAACAUUCAGCCUUGUUCCCCUUGAAUACAUCAGCAACAUUGGGCAGUAUAUCAUGUCCCUGCCUCUACAUCUGGAACCCUUUGUGACACAGGAGGAUCCGGCACUUGAGUUGGCACUGCAUUCUGGAAAACUCCCAUAUCCCCCAGAGCAAGGGGAUGAGGUGCCAGAACUGGACAACAUGGCUGAUUACUGGCUGGGCUCCAUUGCCAGGGCAACAAUGCAUACUUACUGUGAAUCCAUUCUGCAGAUCUCAGAGCUUACACCACACGCAACCAAGCAACUCAUCACAGACAUUGAUUACCUGAGCAACGUAAUGGAUGCUCUUGGCCUGCAGCCAUCCCGAACUCUGCAGCAGAUUGCAACGGCUCUGAAGGCAAAGCCCGAAGAAUUCAGACAAGCAACAAAGGGGCUUCCACGGAGAAUGACGAGUGCAAUCACAUCCAUGAGGAGUAUCCAGUACUGACCAGCAGAUACAGUUCUCUAUUUUUAUUUAUUUAGUGAUACAGUGUGGAGUUGGCCCCUCUGGCCCUUCGAGCUAUGCCGCCCAGCAACCCCCAACAAACCUGAUUAACCCCAUCCUAAUCACAGAACAGUUUACAAUGACCAUCUCAUCUACCCGGUAUGUCUUUGAACUGAGGUUAGGAAACCGGAUAAUCCAGUUCAUUCCACGGGGAAGACAUGCAGAGUCUCCUGACAGAGCGGUGCUGGAAUUGAACUCCAUACUCCAGAACACCCCAAGCAACACUACUGUGACGCCCUAGCGCUAUUUUGAGAACACUACUCACAAACACAAUCUCUUCCAUUCUUAUGUGAGAAGACCAUCAUUCUGGGUGGCUUACAGACCAAGUUUGUGAGUCCUCUGUCCUGGUACAAUGGUCCCUUCAUGCUGGGUUGUUUGAUACUGAGUAUCUGGCAUGGGUUCCACACUCCAGUCGUCAGACAAUUUGAAAAGGCCAGGAUUGGUGAUUAGAAUAUUGCAAGUGUCCUGAUAGUGGGUCAGGGAGGUUAAAAUGAAGCAGCACCAUGAUCACUAUUUGUACACAUUUCAGCCACACCAGUGCUGGAGGUAUAUUUGCCCUUGGCUGUUCGACCUGGGAGAAUGAUAACUGCACCAGAGCAAUCCUGGGUACCCUCAUAAGCUUGUAUGACUGAAAAUGAACCUUCAACGGUGACGUAAAGAGCCAAAGUCUUUGUAAAUGAUGAUAAGGAAACCAGCAAGAAGAGACUGAAUGUGGAGGAAGCGUUUGAGAGACUAAAUGGCACGAAGAGGUCUGUGAGCGUGUUUCAAGUAGCUCACGAAUGCACUUUCUCAGGUGGGUCUUCAAAGUCCUCCCAACUGGAAUCAAUUUACUCAUGGCAAAUUAAUUUGAGAGCAGAAGUUCCAGUGGCCCUUCUCACAGCCCCACAGAGCAAUAAAAGGAAGAGUACACAACCUCACCAAAACUAUGCAGGGUAGAAGGACAAACCUGCAUGAUACAUUGCAGGCAAGCAACAUAAUGAGACUUGUUAACUGUAUGGACUGCAGUCAUCGGGUAAUGAAUUGGGGGUGGACUAUUUGUAUCUUGUAGACAUUGAGAAAUGAAGUAAAUAAUUUUUCUUGAAAA